AUGAUCGACGAAGCCACGCUGGAUGCUUGCAUCCGAACGAUGAUAGCCCUGAAGGCUUUUGUGGCGAUCGUUCUCCUGGCAUAUUGGUUGGAUCCCAAACCGCCAUACUGCAAUAAUGAGACAUUUGAUGUCAUCGAGCUUUAUGCGGGCCGGGCACGGAUCACUAGGAUUGCUCGGGCUGCAGGGUAUAUGGCGGUGGCUGCCGAUCAAAAAUACGAUCCUGAUGAGAACUCCGCCCUGAACCUCAAUUCGAGCUCUGGCUUCGUGCUGGCUGUCCUGAUGGUUCUCAGCGGCUCUGUCGAAGGAGCCAUUGCGGUCCUUGGCAUCGAGUGCAGCACUUUCGUGGAAGUGAACCGUGGGUCCUCCAAGCGAAGUGAGCUACUGCCCUGGGGGGAUGAAGAGGUUAGUUCAGUGUACGAGGCGAACCAAGCGACAUCCAGGACAAUGCUUUGGUUGCACAGAAUGGCUUUCUCUGAUCGAGUAUUACUGUAG